CCCUUCAAAAUUAUGUCAGUAGAUAGAUGUUAGAUAUAGGAGUUGAACUGUUGAAUUCCUGUAUGUAUAUGUUGUAUGUAUAUGUAUAUGUUAGUUGAACACGCUUUUCCCUCCAAAACCAUAAUAAAACAACCAUCAAGAUUUCUCCAACAACACAUCUUUAAUUUAUUACAAAACCCAAACCAAAACCCCAUUUCAAAAACAACCCAAAUCCACACCCAAAUCAUCAUCAACAAUCUGACAAAUAAAAACUUCAUCAUUGUCAAACUCCUUCAAUCUUAUAUAUCUAUAGGCCAUUUCCAACUAGCCCACAAAACUUUCAAUCAAAUCCAAAACCCAAGUACAACUUCCUGGAAUCAAAUCAUCAGAGGGUAUGCUGGGUCGGGUUCGUUUCGGGAUGCACUCCAACUGUUUGAUGAAAUGCUGCAAAGAGGAACUAUCCCUGAUGAGUAUAGUUAUUGUUAUGUGAUUAGUGCGUGUGCUCGUGGGAAGGUGUUGCGGUUUGGGGAGACUGUUCAUGGAAGGGUUUUGGUUAGUGGGUUUUGUGGAAAUGUGUUUCUGGGAACGAAUUUGGUGAAUUUUUAUGCGGGGUUUGGGAAAGGGGAGGAUUUGCGUAAGGUGUUUGAUGGGAUGAGUGUGAGGAACGUGGUGACGUUGAAUACGUUGCUUGGUGGUUAUGUUAAGUGUUGUGAUAUUGAUGGGGCGAAAAGAGUUUUUAAGGAGAUGCCGGAGAGGAAUGUUAUUUCUUGGACGACUUUGGUUUCUGGAUGUGUGGAUAGUGGGGAAUGUAAGGAAGCGUUGUGUUUGUUUCGUGAAAUGUUGAGGGAAUGUAUGGAGUUGGACCACGUGACUUUGGUGGCUGCGUUGUCUGCUUGUGCGGAGAUUGGUGAUUUGAAGAUGGGGAGGUGGAUACAUUCUUAUAUUGACAGGAGUUGGGAUAUUAAGAAGAAAGAAUGCAGCGUUCGUUUGAAUAAUGCACUCUUGCAUAUGUAUGCAGGUUGUGGUGUUAUUGAUGACGCGUACGAGAUAUUUAAGCGAAUGUCUGUGAAAAGUACUGUCUCCUGGACGAGUAUGAUUUUGGGUUUUGCAAAACAAGGUCGUGGCAGAGACGCCUUAAGUGUGUUCCAAAGAAUGGAACAAGAACAGGAACGUGCAGAAGAUGAUAGCUCAAAACCUGAUUUCGUAACCAUGCUAGCUGUCUUGUAUGCUUGUAGCCAUUCUGGUUUGGUAGAAGAGGGACGACAUAUCUUCAGUACCAUGUAUAAGAUUUGGGGGAUUGAGCCCCAAAUCGAGCAUUAUGGUUGCAUGGUUGAUCUUUUGAGUCGUGCUGGGCUAUUAGAUGAAGCACUUAAGCUUGUUGAGGCUAUGCCAAUGAAGCCAAACGAUGCAAUCUGGGGUGCUUUACUUGGUGGUUGUAGAAUCUACAAGGAUGUAAAUCUUGCUUCCCAAAUUGCUAAAAAGUUGGCUAAUUUACAUAUUGUCGAUGAUAAAGCUUCUGCCUAUUUAGUACUAUUGUCAAACGUGUAUGCUAGUGUGAAGAGGUGGAAAGACGUUGAGAAUGUAAGAGAAAAGAUGGUCCAGUUGGCACUUAAAAAGCCUGCCGGAAGAAGUUGGGUACAAAUAGGUGAAUUGGUCCAUGAGUUCUUGGCAGGGGAUAGGACUCAUAAGCUUGCACCUUUGAUAUAUGACACGCUUCUUUUACUGACAGUUGAAGCAGGGUUUAAUGGAUACAAGCCUGAUGUUUAUGAGGCGCCUCAACCUUUUGUCACUCAUUAGACAAACAUUGAUUCAUCAAUUUGACCUAGAGUUGCUAGAUUAAUUUUUUAGGUGAUUCUGCAUACGCGUGUCAAAGAUUUAUAUUAUCUAUGAUUGAGAUUUAACUGAUCAUAUAAGAGUACAUGUGUUUUGAAGUGUAUUAGCAUAUUUUACUUUGAAGUUAUGUACAUCGGCUUGUUGGGUAAAAUGAUGAAAACCAUGUUCAUGAACUAUGGGAAAAUAUUAGACCUGGAAAGAUAUGAAAGAUGGUGUUUUCUUGUGGUUAUGGUUUAUGUGAAUACUUUUUUGGAGAAAGGAUGCAUUCCCAACAUGAAUAGAUAAAGUAU